CCAGACCCAGACUGCAAUUGCCAUUUUAAUCGUUUAAUUCUCACCAACGGCUGAGCCACGACACUUUCAAAACACCUGGUCGAAGAUCCCAGACUUCCAGCCAGGUGACAGUUAUACUCGGCAUUCCCAUGUCACCAGCGUUGAUUUGAGUUGCCAAUCGACUCUUGCGCCGCGGAGCGGUCCUGAAAGAUGGCAACCACAAUUGGUCCAGACAUGAUGAUCGAGCCUCCCUCGCCAGAAUCGCUCGAUCACGAACCGGCGCUUCCCUUUCAGAGAACAGCCCCGAUGAGCGAUCCGUCUUCCCAACAGCUGCGCCCCUCGACUUCUCAGGCUUCCCCACGAGCGAAGCCGCCGCCUCCGAACCCUCCUUUUGUAUUUCCAGCCCGGCCAUCUUCCUCUUCCGCGCCGGCUCCCUUCCCCAGGGUUACCGGCAGGCGGCCCCGAUCGGCGAUCGAGUUGCAGAGCACGGUGUCGAAAGGAAGUGCUGAGGACGAGAGGGUCGUCUCGAGAUCGCCGGCUCUCCCAGCCUUCUCAUUCAACCCUGGUGCGUCCUUACCGUCAAGUCUAGAGCGCGACAAUAUGUUUCUGAGCCCACCACAAUCGCCCUCUGCGCCGAAUUCUCCGCGGUUGACCCCGAAUCGACCUACUGGCCAUAGGCACCGCAGAGGCGGCAGCGAAUUUGUUGGAGGGAGUAUUCGCGAUGGUGAAGCGAUCACCGUUAUGAACAACAGCCCGACGAAAUUGGAGAGCGGCAAGCCCUCCCCCCUGCUUCAACCGACCACACCUCGUCGGGGCCAUGCUCAUCGUCGUUCUGCUGCUAUCUCAAGCCAUGACCUCUCCUCGAUCAUCGUCCCCCCGUCGACUCCUAAUGUGAGAGGAAGCAGUGCGCCCACCAGCCCCACAGUUUCUGAGCGAUUAUCAGGCCCGAGCCUCCCGGUCCUUGACCAACCCGUCGAAACGGACAAGGUACCCUCGCCAGUGCCGGAGCUGCUUCUUGAUAGAGUUAGCGGUCCAGCGCCAGUUCCUGUGCCUGUUGAGCAACCUUCGAAGCCUGCAGCGCGAAAUAGAGUGGGGUUCUCUGAUACUUUAGAGUACAUCCCAAGGCCGUUGUCUGUGGUCUCCACGGACACCUCGAGCACCGUACGCCCUGGCCACUCUGUGUCAGGCAGCAUCUCAUCUGUCAUCUCCCUCUCGAAUGCCGAUCGGGACGUUAACCACUUGUCGGGCGCCAGCUCCGCGCCAAAACUCAGCGACAGUCGACCUAGCACGGCGGGGGCUGUCAUGGAACGGACCCAGAGUGCUCAGGAGCAUGACCCGGCUCCUCACUCCCCUAGAAGAAGAGGAUCGAUCCCGUUGCUCGGAUCACUCCCUCCUACUGAUCUGCUCAAUCCAGCCACCCCAAGCCCUACACGGUCUGCCAAGAAAUGGUCGUUCUUCGGCCUGGAUCCUUUUGCAUCAGCUUCGCCGACACGCACCGAGGCCGAAAGUCCCUGCUCUACCAUCUCGCAUUUGCGCGUGUCAGAGGGGAGCUCCACGAAACGGGGGGCAGCUUUGGGUCCGCUUGAGUCUGGUGGAAAUGCCGGCGCUCUCAAACCUCUCGGCAAGAAGAGAAGCAAGAAGCAGAAAAAGGUCAAGUCCUGGGCUGGGUCUAUCUUGUCCCGCAAGGGGAAACACCGCCAUAGCAAGCACAAAAAGCGAGCCCCGACACCGCCUCCGCCACGGCGCUUUGAGCCGGAGGACGAGCCGGAUGAUGCUAUGCACAUGUUUCCGGAGCCGGAGCCUCCAGUUCCCUGCGUCACGGAUACCCAGUCAUGGGAGAACUGGACUUUUCCUAAGGCCAGCAAUCUUUCAGACGAAGACGCUUCCUACCCAAUGAUCGACUUGGACGCGGCUCUAGGUCCUUUCAACACACCUUUGCCCCGCAACCCGGAAUGGGAAGCAGCGCAAAGAGCUGGCGGUCGCGUCAAAAAGCAGUUGCACAGUGCUGCGGGUAUGAGUCGAUUUUCUGGCCCCGGGAUGCACUACCAUAGACGGGCGGAAAGCGCACCGGAACUGGCGCCCUUUGAGGCUGGCCGCUUUGGAUUUAGGCGUUUUGGUAGCAGCUCGACCAUGGCCGAUGUAUUUGAGGAAGACGAAGAGGACGAAGAGGACUCUGCCAGCUCUUCAGCUGGGCCAUCGACUCCUGCGAUCAGCGCCCCAGCCGCGGAAACUCCUAAAUCCAAGAUGCAGCCGAAGGAGGAGUCUCACAAUGCUUGCCAAGGCCAUGUUCAAGUGUCCGGUACUGUGUCAUCGCUGGCAGAAUCCAAGCAACUCCAGUUCCGUGAAGCAGACAACGCUUCAAGCACUUUGGCAUCGGCAAAGCAGGAGCCCACUAACGUGUGCUGCGAUGAUGGCUUUCUCGGCGAACCAACCGCUCCCUAUUCAGCGGGAAGGCCUUCUCCAGGUGAUGAGAAUCACAGCUCAGCGACUCCUUCUCCCCGCCAUGCCUUCCGGCCUAAGGAUUUGGCCCCUGUCGAGGUCAGCCCCCUCAACCUUCCUACGGCGUCGCUAGGUCCGGUUAGUCCCUGGUCGAUGACCCAAUCCUCGGCUUUCCCCUCUCCGAGGUCGCAAAUGUCGUAUGAUGCGCAUUGCAUCUCGACGGCCCCUUCAUCGAUCACAGAAGAUAAUUUCCAGUCCCUGCUCAUGGGAGAACCCGGGCCGGAAGUUCGGAUAUCUGUGGAUGAUACUCCGUCUUUGACCAGCAGCAAUUCUACUAUGACCAGGGAUAGUCUCUUCCCACAACACCCGCAAGCAAGGUAUCCUCCUUUGAACGAACACCCGAGACCGGCGUCGUUUACCUCGACCUCCUUUGGGCGACGACGAUCAAGCCUGGCAAGUCUUAGCCGGCUGAUUAACAGCUCACAUGGCGAGAGGAGCAAACUGUCCAUUGAAGUUACGUUGGACAACGAGCCAGAGAAAAAGGCCAAGGCCAGCAAGACCAAGCGCCUCAGCCGGAUGAUGCAGUUCUGGAAGUCCAAGGACGGCAGCACGUCGUAAGAGGCCACCGAUCAUUGCUCCUGCUGUACACAAGGAAGGCAGCACGGGUGUUUUGAGGGAAUGAGCAGGUUUAUAGCCAUCGCAGGUGGCGCCGCUUUGUGUCAUCGCUUUUAUGGUGAUGUACUUGUAGGACUCUGGAGGGGUGGUUGGUUCUUCUAAUAUUGAAGGCUUUGGCGUUUCGUCGGCAGCAUGAGAAACAAGGUAACAUGAGAUUCGGGAUAGAUAUCUCAAACUGCCAGAGUAUGUUUCAGUUUUUGAUGGGCAGCCGGUUGGGGGGAAUAUGAUGGAGAUGGGACAUAUGAUUCACAGUUGGCGAUGAUUCUGUUUCUCUGGACAUAUGAAUGGGCGGCGUUCCCAAAACAAUAACAAGUUGAGGUCAAUAUGUUGUGUAUUGUCCUCCCGUCACAACUCUCAAAUAUGGCGCUUCUGACUUUCUGCAUAUGCCUCAAU